AUGUAUAACUCUGAUAUAAAUACUGAUACAAGACAGUUGUUGAGUAGAAGAUAUAUAGGUUCUUCUGAAGAAACAACAGCAUCAAUUUUUGAAGAUAUAUUAGAUUUUUUUAGACAGUUUUUGACAAUGUAA